GGCAGACAGUUCUCAUCCGUUGGAGUGACGGGACGCUCCUAAACCUUUGACAUGACUCGUAACACCUCCGCCCUCCAUUUAUCGGCUGCGCUGCUGGUGGUCGCUGCCAUCGUGCGCCCAGGAGAUGGACUGCACUGUUAUAGGUGUCAUUCUCUCUUUGAUGAAACAUGUGACACCCAUCCAUAUAAGACUGAGAACUGUGAUUAUAUAACUGACUACGUCUUCAGUGAAGGUGUCCGGAUUAAAGCGAAACCUGUCUGCAUUAAGGUCAUUUAUAAAGAUAUUAUACACGGUGACGCGAAGUUGUUAUUGCGAAGAUGUAUACCAGAAACGUCUGAGGAGCCGAAUCCCUGUGAAGCUGUUUCCAGAGAGAAUCCACAAAACACUAUUAUAUACUGUGGCACGUGCCAAGGUGAUCUCUGCAACAACAGUAAUCGCUUUGCAGUAACUUUCCUGCUGUUGUUGCUUCCUUGCUUUAUCAGUCUCAUCCUUUCACACACUCAUUAAAAUUGUUUGUACUUCAGGCUAAUACUAACAUGUUAGAAACACCUGUUCAUUGUUGUACAGUCAUUUACACAUAAAACUACAUCAAUUACGUGAGUUUAGCGCGAGAUGGCCGUGUAAAGUGAGCCUGUAUGAGAAUCUUUUAUUGAAAUUGUUAACUAUUCAAGUUGUAAGAAACUGCUGCUUGAUUAUGUCUCAGUGAUAUGUUUCCAUUGUCUUAUUACUUGUUAUGUUCACAUUCUCUCUGAAUGUACCACUGCUAAUAUUCCUACCUAGCAUAACUUUUCGAUGAUGAUUGUAAUACUUGUACCUUACUUGUAAUCCACUGUGUAAGUUCUUGUUUGUGGGAUAUUUAGUACCAAUUCGUAAAGUGUAAGUAGGUUUUUUGCAUUUCAAUUAGAACUUAGCUGAAUGUCAGUUUAGAACAUAUCUCCUUACCCCAACGAUGUCACUGUCGUUGAAACUUUUUUUCUGUUUUGCAAGACAUGAAAAUUUAUGUUCAUGGUGAAAUUGUAGAAGUUUUAUAAAUUGCAACUCUAAUAUCGAUUUGUACCAUAGCAAUUAAAUUAUGAUAAAUUGUACUAUAACUAUUGUAAUGUAAGCAUAUAUAAAUCUGUAAAUAAAUUUUUGAUAAAA